AUGAAUCGUAAUAUUACUAAUGAAAAAUUAUCAUCGUCAUCUGAUAAUCAUGAUAUGAUCGUAUCAAGUCAUAGAAGUUCAUCCAGAAUUAGUUCAAAGGAAGUUCCAAGUGCACGACAUCAAUCCAGCGUUCGAGGUGGAAUUACAAAAAAAACUGUUUCUCAAGGUCCAAGAAGAUCAUCUAAAAGAACACCAAAACCAAGAAGAAAACAAAAAGAAAAUGGUACUGAUUUACAUUUCGAAAUGGAAUAUUCAAAUAAUGAAGAUAUUGAUAAUUUAAAUGCAUCUGAAAACCAUGAAGAUGAAGAGCAAAAUGUUCUUAAUAUAUCAAGUGCUAGUGCUGAUACUAUUAUCGUUGGAAAUUCCAACAACAAGAAAAACUUACAAAAGCAACCAAUUGAAUAUUUUACAUUCGUUACUGGUACUAACAAAGUCAAAUGUUCCACUUGUUUUCGUGAUUAUAAAUACAAUCAAUUUUCGGAUAGCAAUUUACGAAGUCAUCUUGGCUUCAUGCAUGGUUUAUAUUCAUAUUUAUAUCCAUCUCAAGUGAAACAACGAGAAAAUCAUGAAAAGAAAGAUUCUAUUUUACCACAUUUGAAGAAAGAACUUGAUACAGCUGCUAUAGAAUGUAUAGUAAUAGAUGGUUUACCUUUCGGAACAUUUCGUCGUCCCGGUAUGCAGCGUUUUCUCAAUACAAUUAAAUCUGGUUACCGUGGUCCAACCAGGCAAACGGUUCGCAAGCAUUUAGAUACAAUGUAUCAAGAGCGAAGAUCUUCAUUGAAAGAGAAAUUCAAAACAAUUCCAUUUAUAUCUUUAACAACAGAUCUCUGGAUGAAUUCUCGACGAAACCAUUUCUUAGUCAUAACUGCUCAUUAUUACGAUGAAAAUUAUCAAACAUUUUCAAAUGUUAUAUCUUUUCGAAGCUUUCGUGGUCGUCACUUAGCUUCUCGAUUAAAAAAAUUUAUUCUUAAUGAAAUUAAAAAAUUAAACAUUGAAUCAAAAAUUUUUUCUAUAACAACUGAUAAUGGCUCUGACAUCAAAUCUGCUACAUCAUCAUCUGAAUUUGGAAUAAGAUUUUCUUGUGAUGCUCACAAUAUUAAUAGAACAAUAUCAACUGGUUUGAAUUUAUGGGAAAAACCAGCAUUAAAAAAUAAAAACGGUGAAACAAUAAUAGUACCACCAAUAUCAUCAUCAUCAACAACAACAACAAUAGAAAUAACAGCAUCAUCAUCAUCAACAACAACAAUAGCAACAACAGCAUCGUCAUCAACAACAUCUAAUGAAGAUAUUAAUAAUUCUGACGAUGAACUAGAAAAAUCACGUCUUGUUGAUAUGGGUGUAAUUGUCGAUGAAUGGGUUGAUUAUGAUGAAAAUUAUUUAAAUGAUGAAGAUGAUGGUGAUGCUGAUCAUGUACCAACAUUAGCUGAUGAUGAUGAAAGUGACAGCUAUUCAGAUAGUUCUGAUGAUGAUAAUAAUCCAACAUUAACACAGGCUGAACAAGAUCACCGGAUUCAAGAGGAAAAAGAAAACCAAGAAAUAAAACAAUUAUUAUUAAAUCCGGAUGAAUUAAAAAAAAGAAUUUCUUAUUUAUUAAAAAAAGUUCGAAAAUUAAUAAAAAUGAUAAAUAAAUCAAGUUUAUUAACAACAUUUGUUCGUGCUGAAAUUAAAAGAAGACAAAUUGAUUUGGAUAUCAAUAUUAAUUCAACUAAUGAAAAAAAAGUAAAAGUAAACGAUCUGGUCAAUGAUUUUUAUAUUAGGUGGAAUUCAACCUUUAUUAUGUUGGCACGUUUCUCGGCGGCUGAACAAUUAGUAAAUGAUAUAACUUAUUCACCUCCAUCUCAUAUUGGUCUUACAGUUAAACAAAUAACAAAAUUACGAUCUUUACAAAACAAUCAUCUUCAAUGGAAAUUAAUAAAAUCAUUAGCUGAUGUAUUAGCACCAUUCUAUUUUGCUACAAAAUGUUUAUCUGGUCGUCAAUAUCCAACAUUAUCAUUAUCUUAUUGGACAACUAAUUUUUUAUUUUUGCAUUUGACAAACGAAAAACUUAGUUCACCAUUAGAAAAUGGUUUAAAAAAAUUACUAUUUGACAAACUCACUUUCUAUUUUAAGACAAAUGCUACAUAUGAACAACAAUGUGCUAAAUUAAUUGCAGCAUACUUGGAUGCAUUCACGCUUCAAGAUUUAUCACUUGAAGAAACAAAUGAAGCUGAAUCAAUAAUAAUGCGUUCAACAAAGGAUACUUCUUAUGCAAAAAAAUCAACAACAACCAUUGCAUCACAACAUAAUCAAUCACAAUCCGUAUCAUCAGCAUCAUCUUCAUCAACGGAUACACUUCAACAAUCGAAAUUAUCAACAAUCAAUCGAUUUCGUAUGUUAUGUCGUUCUUCAUCAAGUGAUGCUGACACAGCACCAAAACCAAAACCAAAACCAAAAGCAUUUACAUUAAAACAAGAAUUUAGUUAUCAUAUAUCUUCAAGUACAUCUUGCGAAGAUUUUCAAACAUACUGGAAUGAAAAUAAAAAUCGUUUACCAAUUUUAUCAUCAUAUGCACGUCGAUAUAAUUGUGUACCAACAACGUCAACUGCAUCUGAAUCAGCUUUUUCGGUUGCAGGUUAUAUCGACAGGAAGCAACGUGCCUCGUUAUCAACAACAACAUUAAGAUAUCUGAUGUUAUUAAAACCAUAA